GAAUACCUCGACGCAAUACCUGGGGCAGAAGCCCAAUGCAGCAGAAAUGUUAUAAAUGGAGAUACCUACUCCUUCGCUACUCCUUCUGUCCAAUAAUACUCUCGGAAUUCAUUCUUCUUACCAAGUUCUUUAACCUUACCUGCAAAAUACCUCAAAAAGCAAAAAUGGCUGUCUUCCAUAUGGUCCUGCUUGCGUUCAAGGAGUCCGCGACGCCGGAGGAGAUUGACGCCGUCUGCAAAGGGAUGAUGGCACUCAAGGACAGGUGCAUACAUCCAUCGACGAACCAGCCGUACUUCAAGUCGGUGACAGGAGGCAUCAACCAAAGCAAGGCAGGCCUCGACGGUGGCGUUCAGUACGCCUUCGUCGCCGAGUUCGAAAACGAGGAAGACCUGGCUUACUACAACGAGAAAGAUCCCGCCCAUGAUGACCUCCGCGCUCACUCGGCCGCUAUAGCAAAGAUACAGAUCUUUGAAUAUACUUCUGGGGUCUUUUGCUGAGGGCGGAAAGGUCGCUUGGGGAGCGAAUGGGAGGUUCCCCGUACUGCCGCACCAAAUUUCCAGCAACCAGAGGGCAAGGUCAUUCAGGCGGAACUUGGUAUAAUAAAGACAAAACACCUAACAUGACAGCUUAGGUGUCUCUGGUGUUGUGCUAACAGCUAAGCAUAAAAGUUAAAAAUAGGCAGACUAAGUGUUGAAAGAAACGCUUUGCUACACGACAGAGCUACCGUACGGUACAUUGUGAAUCAAUGAAUGCCACUGACGAUUCGCG